AUGCCUUACAACAUUGCUAUGGUCAGUGACUUUUUCUUCCCACAACCAGGUGGGAUUGAAAGUCACAUUUACCAGUUGUCGACCAAGCUCAUCGACCGUGGCCACAAAGUCAUUAUCAUUACCCAUGCGUACAAGGGUCGCACGGGAGUUCGAUAUCUUACAAAUGGCCUCAAAGUAUACCAUGUCCCAUUUCUCGUCAUAUACCGUGAAUCGACUAUGCCAACUGUUUUUUCAUUCUUUCCUAUCUUUCGCAACAUUGUCAUCCGCGAGCAGAUUCAGAUCGUUCAUGGGCACGCAAGCUUGAGCAGCUUCUGCCAUGAAGCUAUCCUGCAUGCCCGGACGAUGGGUCUACGGACAGUCUUUACCGAUCAUUCGCUAUUUGGGUUCGCGGACGCAGGAUCAAUUCUUACCAAUAAACUGCUCAAGUUUACGCUGAGUGAUGUGGACCAUGUCAUCUGUGUCAGCCAUACAUGUAAAGAGAAUACGGUUCUUCGAGCAUCCUUAGACCCGCUAAUGGUCUCUGUAAUCCCCAAUGCGGUUGUCGCGGAAAACUUCCGACCUCUAGAGCAAGAGGGGUCGCCGAGACCAAUUGGGCCGAAUGAUAUUAUCACUAUCGUCGUGAUCUCGCGCUUAUUCUAUAACAAGGGAACUGAUCUGUUGAUUGCUACGAUUCCCAGAAUACUUUCGUCCCAUCCGAAUGUGCGGUUCAUCAUCGCCGGGUCAGGGCCCAAGGCCAUCGACCUAGAGCAGAUGUUAGAGCGCAACGUACUGCAAGACAAAGUAGAGAUGCUCGGUCCCGUUCGUCACGAAGAAGUUCGAGAUGUUAUGGUCCGAGGUCACAUCUAUCUACACCCAAGUUUAACCGAAGCCUUCGGGACAGUUCUUGUGGAAGCCGCUAGCUGUGGCCUCUAUGUGGUGUGUACGCGGGUCGGUGGCAUUCCAGAAGUGCUCCCCCAGCAUAUGACCACUUUCGCUAAGCCGGAAGAAGAUGAUCUGGUCAUGGCUACUAGCAAGGCCAUAGCCGCGUUGCGCUCCAACAAAGUAAGGACUGAUCGAUUUCACGAUCAGGUGAAGAUGAUGUACUCCUGGACCGAUGUGGCAGAGCGCACAGAACGUGUGUACAAUGGAAUCCAGGGCGACAUAAGCCCUGAAGAGUUUUAUGGUUAUUAUCCUGGCCAAGGUUGGGAAGCGAGUGGUGAUAGGGUACGGAGCUUUGCCCUCAUUGACCGACUGAAGCGGUACUACGGUUGCGGGGUGUGGGCAGGCAAAUUGUUUUGUCUUUGCGUGGUCAUUGAUGUCUUAAUCUACGUCUUUCUAGAGAUGUGGUUCCCCCGCGCGAAUAUCGAUAUUGCCCGCAGUUGGCCAAAGAAGCUGAAACAGAAGGAAACCGCCGACUCAACCAGAAAUGGCCCACAUCGCAUCGGCUCGACGACUUGA